AUGACUUUCAGAUUCGUCGUUCUCACGUGCCUGGUGGCAGCAGCUAGCGCCGGCUUUGUACCGGCUGCGCCCAUUUCAUACGCCGCACCCAUCUACCGUAGUUAUCAAGCGCCCGUGGCAUACGCCGCUGCCCCUGUGGCUAAGCUCGCGUACUCCGCUCCCGUCGCCAAGGUCGCCGUCGAGGAAUACGACGCGAACCCUCAGUACAGCUUCGCGUACGACGUGCAGGACGGUCUCACCGGGGACUCUAAGUCGCAGCACGAGACCCGUGACGGUGACGUCGUCCAGGGCUCCUACUCGGUCGUCGACCCCGACGGCACCAGACGCACCGUGGACUACACCGCCGACCCGCACAACGGCUUCAAUGCCGUCGUUCGCAAGGAGCCCCUCGCCGUGAAGGUCGCAGCUGUCGCCAAGGUCGCCGCCCCCGUGGCUUACCACGCCGCCCCCGUAGCCUACUCCGCCCCAAUCUACCACCAC